AUGGUCGUGCUGGGGCUGUUCCAGAUAGCCUUCAGCACCGUGUGCGUCGUCAGCGGCUUCAUGGACGGCGUCUUCAGAACGGAGUCUCAGCUGGGCAAAACCAGAGCUCCCAUUUGGGCUGGGAUGGUGAUGGGAGUCCCAGGCGUCCUGGCGCUCAGAAGUUCGAAACCUUUACUGGUGAAUGUGCUGAUAGUUGCCUCCAUAAUCUCUUAUGUUGCUAUCCUCAUCGUAAUCGUUUAUAGCUCCCUCACACUGAACUAUGGUGAAGAAGAGGACCUGAGUUCUGCCCCAGUCCAUGUUAUCCAUACCAAGUUCGUACUUAAUAAAGUAGUCAAGGGGGCUAACGUAGCCAUGCUAGCUGCAUCUCUCUGCAGUGCCUUUGUUGUGCUGGUGAUGGCUUACUUGGGAUGCCGGAGUCUUCCACGUUGCUCGUGCUACGAUAGCGUAACUGGGAUGGAAUGGUUGCAACCUAGUGAGGACCAAAAUCAGGCUGUGGAGAUGGUUUGCGCCGUACAAAGCCCUGGGGACAGAAUUUUUAACUUCCCAGAUCGGUUUCCAGCCCAGGACUUAGAUGCAGAGGAAGACGCAUCCAAACCUCCACCAUAUAUUAGAAUGGCUUGA